GUUUGGGUCUGGAGGGGUGUGGGAAGGCGCUGGGGACCCGGGCUGCGGCGGUGGGGACAGUAAGCGGAUCGCGGAGGGACCGGCCGGAGGAGGGGAGCCGCUGAGCCGCUCAGCCAUGCCCGAGGGAGCCCGGGGACCCAGCCUGUCCAAACCCAGCCCUGGCCUUGGCCGCGGCCCCACAGGUGAAGUGUGCAACUGUGCAGCUGUGUGUGAGACCCAGACAGCAGCCCCUGCAACCCCGGCCAUGGCCUCCCCCCGAGGUUCUGGGAGCUCCACAUCCCUCAGCACUGUGGGCUCCGAGGGGGACCCGGCUCCGGGGCCCACCCCAGCCUGCUCAGCGUCCAGGCCAGAGCCCCUUCCAGGGCCCCCCAUCCGCCUGCAUCUGUCACCUGUGGGCACCCCGGGUUCGGCCAAACCCUCGAGGCUGGAGCGAGUGGCGCGAGAGAUCGUGGAGACAGAGCGGGCCUAUGUCCGGGACCUUCGCAGCAUCGUGGAGGACUACCUGGGCCCUCUGCUGGACGGUGGGGUCCUGGGGCUGAGCGCGGAGCAGGUGGGCAUACUAUUUGCCAACAUCGAGGACAUCUACGAGUUCAGCAGUGAGCUCCUGGAGGACCUAGAGGGCAGCCCCAGCGCGGGGGGCAUUGCCGAGUGCUUUGUGCAGAGGAGUGAGGAUUUUGACAUCUACACGUUGUACUGCAUGAACUACCCGAGCUCCCUAGCCCUGCUCCGGGAGCUGUCGCUGUCCCCGCCUGCAGCCCUGUGGUUGCAGGAGCGCCAGGCCCAGCUCCACCACUCGCUGCCCCUGCAGAGCUUCCUGCUCAAACCUGUUCAGCGGAUCCUCAAGUACCACCUGCUGCUGCAGGAGCUUGGCAAGCACUGGGCAGAGGGCCCGGGCGCCGGGGGCCGCGAGAUGGUGGAAGAGGCAAUUGUGUCCAUGACAGCCGUCGCCUGGUACAUCAAUGACAUGAAACGCAAGCAGGAGCAUGCUGCGCGCCUCCAGGAAGUGCAGCGGCGGCUGGGCGGCUGGACCGGCCCGGAGCUCAGUGCCUUCGGGGAGCUGGUGCUGGAGGGCGCCUUCCGAGGCGGCGGCGGGGGUGGCCCCCGACUUCGAGGGGGCGAGCGGCUGCUCUUUCUCUUCUCCCGGAUGCUGCUCGUGGCCAAGCGCCGGGGACCGGAGUACACCUACAAGGGCCACAUCUUCUGCUGCAACCUGAGUGUGAGCGAGAGCCCUCGAGACCCUCUGGGGUUCAAGGUGUCCGAUCUGACCAUUCCCAAACACAGGCACCUCCUCCAGGCCAAGAACCAAGAAGAGAAGAGGCUGUGGAUUCACUGUCUCCAGCGCCUCUUCUUUGAGAACCACCCGGCCUCUAUCCCUGCCAAGGCAAAACAAGUUCUCCUUGAAAACAGCCUGCACUGUGCUCCUAAAAGUAAGCCUAUCCCAGAGCCCCUGACACCCCCGCUUGGGUCUCCCCGACCUCGAGAUGCUAGAAGUUUCACCCCUGGACGAAGGAACACAGCUCCGUCUCCAGGACCCUCUGCUACCCGCCGUGGCCGCAGACAGUCCGAGCCGAUGAAGGACCCAUACGUUAUGUUUCCACAGAACGCUCAGCCUAGACUCAAGCACGCUGGCAGUGAGGGGGAGCUGUACCCCACCUUAGAGCCUCAGCCAUCAGUUCCAGCUUCCGGACCCCCUGAGGACCUGGAAGACACUGGACCCCCCACCCUGGAACCCUCUGGGACCUCGAUCACUGAAGAGAUCCUGGAGCUGCUGAACCAGAGAGGCCUCCGGGAUCCAGCGCCAUCGCCCCACGACAUCCCCAAGUUCCCUGGAGACUCCCAGGUGCCGGAGGGCAGUGACCCCCUCACAUUCCAAGCCCUGCCCAGCCGGGACUCUUCAGAAGAGGAGGAGGAGGAGGAGCUGGAAAUGGACGAACGUGGGCCUUCCCCACUCCAUGUCCUGGAGGGGCUCGAAAGUUCCAGCACAGCUGAAAAUCCUGACGUUCCCGGCCUUACGAAAAGUCCAGAUACACCCAACCUCCCUGAAAUUCCCAGCCUGGCUGAAAUUCCCAAGAUUCCCCACCUUCCCAGUCUGUCAGACAUUUCCAGUGUUUUUGAAAUGCCCUGCCUUCCAGCCAUACCUAGUGUCCCUGACAUUCCUAGUCUUCCCAGCGCUCCCACCCUGCCCUGUGACUCAUGGCUCCAGGGACCUCUGCGGGGGCCCGAUGAGGCCCUGGCCACCAGGAGAGAACUGUUCCCUGGAAGCAGUUCCACAAAACUGGGAGAGCCGUCCUCAGGCGGCAGGGCAGGGCGGGAGGAGGCUGCGGAAGGGGAGUCGUUCCCAGACUUCCAGCCGCAGGAUGUCCCCCGAGAUCAGGGAAUCCCGGAUGAGCUGGAAUUCCGCUCCUGUUCGGAGAUCCGGAGCGCCUGGCAGGCCCUGGAGCAGGGGCAGCUGGCCCGGCCGGGUUUCCCGGAGCCACUGCUCAUCCUGGAAGAUUCGGAUCUGGGCGGAGGCAGCGGCGGGAGUGGGAAGGCAGGAGCCCCGAGUUCGAGUUCGGAGCGGGCGGCCUCCCGAGUGCGAGAGUUAGCCCGGCUCUACAGCGAGCGCAUCCAGCAGAUGCAGCGGGCUGAGACCCGGGCGUCGGCCAACGCCCCCCGCCGCCGGCCGCGCGCCCUGGCCCAACCGCAGCUGUCCCCCUGCCUGCCGCACGAGCAGGCUGAGCCAGGGCCCCUGCCUGCCUUUGGACAUGUGCUGGUUUGUGAGCUGGCCUUCCCGCUGACCUGUGCCCAGGAGUCUGUUCCUCUGGGUCCCGCCACCCGGGUUCAAGCCGCCACACCUUUGUCCAAGCAGGGAGGCUGCCUGGGGGGCGAGGGUCUAAACGUUUCAAAUUUGCCUGAGCAAGACCAUCUGGGCAUCCAGGUUCCAGCUGCGGCCCCGUUGCCUGAGCGGAGAGGCCUCUGGAAUAUACAGAGUGUGGCUGGAGCCGCCGCAGCCGUGCCGAAGCAGGAGGACGCCCCAGGUGUUCGGGUGCCGGCUACAGCUUUGCCUGCUCAGGAAGCCCACCUGGAAAUCCAAGUUCCAGGCACCGCUCCUUUGGCUGAGGAUGGAGGCCAUGUGGACAUCCGGGAUCCAAGCAGCCCCGCUUUGCCCAGGCGGGGAUGCUGUUCCGAUGUUACGGUUGUAGCCACGGCCACUACGCUGAAGCAAGAAGGUCACUUGCGCACCCAGACCCUGGCCGGUACCCCGCUAACUAAGCAAGGAGGUCCCCGGGAUGUUCAGUUCCCAGCCGGUGGCUGCGAUCAGGCCAUGAACACUUUGCUUACGCGUGGAGGGAACCAUCAGAUCCCAGGCAGCACCCCACUGCCCCUGCGACACGAGCUCCCGGACAUUCAGGCUCCAGGUGCCUCACCUGUGCCUGCAUGUGGAGGCCACCUAAGCCAUCACGUCCCAGCCGGUGCUCCACUGUCUUCACCCCAAGACUGCUCAGACGUUCAGGCUCCAAACCCCUCGCCUUUGCCCGCACAUGGGAGCUGCCUAGACGAUCGGGUCCCAGCCAGCACGCCGCUGUGUGUGCCCCACAACCCGGAGGUCCCAGCUACCACACCUUUGCCCCAGCAACCAGGCCUCCCGGACACCCAAGUCCAGGCCCUCCCACCUUUGCCCGAGCAGGACAGCCUCCCAGACAGCGCCGGUCCAUCUGCUGCACCUUUGUUGGAGCAGAAGAGCCUCACAGAUGGGCAUGGUCCAGCUGCAAUGCUUUCGCCCGAGCGAAGAGGCUCUCAGGACAUCCAGGGCCUGGUACCCACCCCAGGCCAGAGCGCCGUGGUUAUGUCCAAACCGGGAGGCCACCUGGUCUCUCCUGUAGUCCGGUCAGAGACUUCAGAGUUGACCCCGCCCCACAGUCCCGCUCCUCCAACCCGUCAGCUCCUGGGCCCCAAUGCAGCUGCCCUCUCAAGAUACCUGGCAGCCUCGUACAUCAGCCAGAGCCUGGCUCGGCGGCAAGGGCCUGGAGGGGACGCUCCCGCAGCCUCCCGGGGUCCCUGGUCCUCCUCUGCCCCUGCAUCGCGGGCACCUUCACCACCGCCCCAACCCCAGCCCCCACCACCCCCAGCCAGGAGGCUCAGCUAUGCCACCACGGUCAACAUCCAUGUCGGGGGUGGUGGGCGGUUGCGGCCGGCCAAGGCCCAGGUCAGGUUGAACCACCCCACUCUCCUGGCGCCCCCCCAGGAAUCUGUGGGCCUUCGCGGGGCCCAGGGAACUCCUGAUGCCCCUUUCCACACGUGAGCCGGAUGCCGGGCUUCUUGAAAAGCAAGGACCUCAACCAGAUGCCACCGACCCUCAGAACUUCACCCUGAAGUCCAGACACUGAACACAGGUGUAAAAAUUGCUGCAGCUUUUCAACUCCUGGGAGCUGCUUUGGCAAAUGGUCCUUUUUACUUGCCUUGAUUAACUCAACAGGGAUGGGGAGGGGGAUAUCAUUAAUAUUUUGUUAAUAUUAUGAAGUUCUGUAUCUUUUCCCAUUCUGGAGGCAGUGGGGGAUGACAAGACAAUGAAUGCGAAGCUCUGACACAUCCGUGAAUCAGUGGUUCUGAAAACUGGAGGCAUCUCAAACAGUCUUUGAGAAUUAGAACGCUCCAUUACCAUUCGGUGUUUGCUUUCAGAGUUCAGGAACUGCUUGAUGUCAUCCAGAAAAGCCAAGUUAAGCAGCUUCAUUCCAAGUAGACUUGGAAGGCCAUUCCCUUAGCAGUUCAGCCUGUUCCUGUGUCCUAGCUCAUCUUGUUCAGUGGUCUCCGUCCAUCUCCUGCCUGGCUACCUAUUCCAACUUCAAUCCAUAUGCCAUGCUUUAUUUCGUCCACUCUGCCUAUUCAUCCACCCAUCAUCCUACCCCCAUUCUCCUACCCAUUCAUCCAUUCCUCCACUGUCUCCUGUCCAUGUUGUCCAACCAACCUUUCUCCAUUCAUCCAUCCCUCCAGAUUUGCAUCUCUAUCCAUUCAUCUGUCUCACUGACUCAGCCAUCUAAUCCAUCAGCGCAGCAACCCAGUGUUCUCUACCACCAUCCAUCCUUCCUUAGAUUCUUUUGGGUCUUGGAACAAGAUUUCAGGAAUUGUUUCACACUAACACUAGAGUGAAUUGGGUUUGGGAUUCUGGGAAGUCUGUUCCACAUCAGAUUUCACUCCCCGACACAUGAAUGUUCCAAUUCUUGUGCCCACCUACACACAUCAGAUCUUCAUACCCCCUCGCUCUAGUUCAGGACCUCUACAGUGCCUCUGUGCCCCCACUCCCAAGAAAGAAAUUCAGGUCAGAGACAAAGGCUUUUAUGUUAGAAUCACUCUGCCUCCUCCCAGCAGUGGCAUGCCUGGCGAGCAGCCGAAUUUAAGCAGUUUCUUUGGUAAUAGACUAGCUUCGUUCCUUGAACGUUAAACGUCUUGUACUUAGCACAUUGUCUUACUUAAUUUUUCUCUGGAAUUUCCUGAGGCACCACAGCGUCAUAGCUGAGUUCAAAUCCUGACUUUUCCAGUUGCUAUAUGACCUUCAAGUCUGGAGUCUGGGUCUUCUCAACUGCUACAGUUGAGAAAUUCUAACAGUACCUGCCCUGUAAGAUCAUUGUUUGUAAAGAUUCAGGGAGCACAGCCUCACUUCCCAAAUGUAUUUGAGCCUCUGACUCACCAGGGCAUUGUUCAGCUCACAGAUCCCCAAGGACUCAGGCUCUUAGUUCCACCUAUGGACUCAGAACCUCCAGGGCAGGAGCCUGGGAAUCUGAAGUUUGAACAAUCAGCUAACAGGAAAAAAAAAAAAAAAAAAAAGAUUGAGUACCAGCUGCAUA